UUAAACGUGUGACGUCGCACAUGGGCUGGGUCAAUGCGAACAAAUCUAAAUCCGACAUAAAUAUUGGGAGCGACACGCCACAGACAGCACUAUUGUAAAGCUGACCCAACACAACAUCAACCGCAAGCAUGUCGUACGGCAGAGUGGACAGCUACCGGUCCCAGACCCGGGACCUCAGCAACCUCACCCAGACAUGCAGCAGCAACAUCCAGAAAAUCACACAGAACACUGGCCAGAUUAUGAGCCUAUUAUACCAGAUGGGUUCUGGCAAGGAAACCCCAGAGCUACAGGACAGACUACAACAGCUACAGCACUAUACAAACCAGCUGGCUAAAGAAACCAACAAGCAUCUGAAAGAGCUGGGAUCCUUCCCGCAACCUCUCUCUCCAUCCGAACAGAGACAGCAAAAGAUCCAGAAGGAGCGUCUGAUGAAUGACUUCUCCACUGCGCUCAACAACUUCCAGACGAUCCAAAGACGUGCGGCAGAGAAGCAGAGAGAGACAGUAGCUAGGGCCAGGGCAGGCUCGCGGCUUAUGGGAGAUGGUUGCAAUGUUGAAGAACAGCUGGUUACGUUCGAAAAGGAUGAUGAAGACUCGGCCCAGCAGGACCAGGUUCAGACAGAACAGGCCCCCAUCACCGAGGAGGACCUGGAGAUCAUCAAGGACAGAGAGACCAACAUCAGGCAGCUGGAGGCGGAUAUUAUGGAUGUGAACCAAAUCUUUAAGGACCUGGCUCUGAUGAUCCAUGAUCAGGGAGAAAUCAUAGACAGCAUUGAGGCAAAUGUUGAGAGUGCAGAGGUCCAUGUUGACAGAGGAGCUACUCAGCUCCAAAGAGCUGCCGGUUACCAGAGGAAGUCUCGCAAGAGGAAGUGCAUUCUUGCCAUGGUGUUGUCCCUGGUUCUCACCAUACUGAGCAUCAUCAUCUGGCAAGCGCUCAGAUGAGACCACUAAAGUGGAGAAAAGGAGUCGAGUGUUCUACUGAGGACUUAAAAUGGCUUCCAGUGAGUGUGCGCAUUGCUGUAGUUGUGUGUCUGAUGACGUGAGCGUCUGUGUGACUUUCAUUUGUACCUCUCGGUACGAUGAUUCAGAAUGUGAAGUUAGUUGUGUGUGUGUGUGUGAGUAUAUGUCUCUUUUUAAUCAAGCACGUAAAAUGAGGAAUUGUUUUCAACAAACCCCCAAAAUGGUGACUGCACUAUACCCUAGCCUGUGAAUCCUUGACCAGUCGAGUGAAGCCCUGUGUAUGCCAAGAUCCAUGUUGCUACUCGGAGGCAUGGUACAUCGCGUUAACAUGCAAGCAAGGGAGCAGCAUAGCCAUCAGAACCUAGAUGUAUAUAAAACAACAAUCAAAUCUGGAAUCCGGAUUGUGAACCCAAGUCUUCUCCAUUGAAAAUAUGUAAACGCAAUACAUUCACGUCAAAAUAAGUUGUUUUAAAUUUAUUUAAAUGUACACCAAAAAGCGGUUGGUGUAUCUCAACAAACACAUAUACCGUGAUUUGGCCCGGUGCAUCCAUUUUAUUCUUGUGUCUGGCUGUGGAAAACAGAUCGAAGACACUAUGCCAGUUCCCUGCCCGAGCAAUCAAUGAUUAGUUGACGGCCACCUCCAGAGAGACAGGUUGGGAUGAUGCUGACCUCUGGGAUGACUGCAGAUCUUUGCGUAUGGGUAGGACUUGGACCGGCCAAAGGGGUGUGUACAGGUCUAUGAUAGCGGCGUGGAUCUUUGCUGAUCCUCACAUCCGUGCUUAUGCAGAAGUGUAAUUUGGCAUUUAAGUAAAAAAUGGUGAUGUUCAGGAAGGGUUGUUCUCGUAGUCCUCUUGGAUUUAACAUAUCUGUUUGGUAUAGGGUCCAUGGUCGACCAGUUAUGCAUUUCAAGGGUACAUAUUUUCUUUAUCUCUGGCCGUGUCUGCAUGAGUGCAUAAGUGUGUACUCAAGUUGACUGCUAUUAUACUAGUUUUGUGUUUAGCAGAUUGCUUUUAUCCAAAGCAUCUCAAGCCCAAAGCACACAGCCGUGUCAGGACAGACAUGAAAUGAUCUUGGAAUCUUUUGUCCAAAAUAGACUCCAGUGUUUCCCCCAGUAAAUGUCUUAGUCAAGGUGGUCAGGGAGGGGGGUGGGGGGGGGGCUGUCUCCGUUUCAAAUCAAUUCAAAAAGCUUUAUGGCACGACCAUUGUUGUGAACAGUAUUACUGAUGCGUUAUUAAUCUUUAUUUUCUACACCUGAUGGAGGUAUGUUUUCUUUCCCUACGAGAGUUUUCUACUUUGUUAAUGCAUUGGUAGUCAAGGCGGGGCCCUAUUGUUGUUAAAGCCGCCUUAACAACACAGUGCUGGGGGAAACACUGGGCUCCUAUAUUCAUAGCAAGCGAAAGAACAAAGUCUCGCUUCGUCCGUGCUCUGUGGGCUUUGCAGGGUUUCUGUUUUGGGUCGCACCACAAAUAUGAACCAACUUGUGCACUCCUUGUUCUUUGGGUUGUACAGUGAAUGAAUGAAUGAGCAGGUAGAGGUUAGGCACCUUAUCAAGGAUUCUGUCUGGUAGCUGGAAGACCUUGGGGAUUGAGAACCAGACUAGAACCUUGCAGCUAGGGUUACAACGCCCCAACCACUGAUGCGCAGCCCCCCAAAUUAUUUGGAUAUAUUGGCAGGCUGUGUCUCUCAAACAUCUCACUGCUGGAUACUCUGAAUUAUAAUAUGUAAAACAAAUCGAAUAAGCUAUUAUAACAUUUAAGGCUUUACCUUAUUGAAUGCAAUGUUGCACAAGUUUGUCAAACUAUAGAAAUGUUCACUUGAUUUCUGUACUAAAGUGAGAAUAUCAUGCGUGUGAAAAUGUUUUUCAUUACCACUGGUACCACAUAAGAAAAUGUCAUUCCAUAUUUAACAGUUUGUCAAUGUCUUGUGUCUUAUAAAAUAAAUGUAAAGCCUGAACAGUG